GAUAAGAAAAGGGAUGUUAGGAAUGAGUUUGAAGUUAGUAUUAGCGUGGUUAUGUUGUGUUAUGGUGUGGCUUAGUGUGGUAUUGGGUAGUAGUGAUAGCAGUACUAACUCAGAUGAAAUGGAGUUAAAGCCAAGUGCCGAAUUCCGGUCUCGUUUAGCUCAAACACCCUUAGAAGAUAGUUCAUGCGUAGAAGAGGAUAAUUUCCAUUUAUAUGGCCUAGAUAACUUCAAUAGCGAAAUCUCAGAACACCAAAUACCCAUUAUAAGGGCAAUAAUAACUGCUUGUUUGGAGGUGUUGGGUAUAAAAGUUCAACCUUUGGUAGGAAACCGGUUGAUAGAAUCUCGCAAUCCAGAUGGCUUUAUAGGCUGGAUUUUUGAGAUAAAUUCAAUAGAGGAUCGAACCCAAAUGGUAGAAGACAUGCAGGUAAUGACACUAAUAGACUAUUUGGAUGAAUUGAAAGGAAUACCAGGCGUACGUAAAGUCGCCACCAUAUAUCGCCACCAGGCAAUGAAAAUAGGAACUAACAGUUUUCAUAUUCCCCCAACUUCCGGGCCAACUAGUACUAACCCAAAUGAGGUAUCGAUAACCUACAAACAGUGUCUAGAUGUCAUAGAACCCCUGAAAAAGAUCACCAGUCCGGAGCAGAUAAUGAUUUUCGGAGAGACAACGGAAAAUGAGAUACUAGACCAACUUAAACUGUUAUUGUAUCUACUGCGGAUUGCGGAUAGUCCUAUAAUCAGAAUAGACUGGAUGGACGUGAGUAAAGUCUUAUUUGAUGCGAAAUCAGUAGAUAGGUUUAGGCCUUUACUGGAGGACAUCCCCGCGAAGCUGAAAAAGAGAAAGCUUGUUAUUAAGGUUGCUAAUGCAUGUAAUCGUGUGUUUUGGGACGCCUUCCUUGAUUUGCUCGGCGAAAAAUACGAUAUUGAAGUGACGUUUGUGAAAGCUUAUCCAGUGGUGCCGCCUAAUGCCAACUCAACUUAA